GGCUCGGGACCCCCUCUUUACCACCGCCAGCCAUGUCGACACAGCCCAAGGAUAUCUACCUCGUCAUCGGCGGCAGCGGCUUCCUCGGGCGGCACAUCGUCGACAAGCUCCUCGCCCGCGGCGACUCUGUAUCCAUAUUUGACAUUGUGCAGAGGUACCAUGAUGUCCCAUUUUAUUCGGGAGAUAUCAGCGAGGAGGCCCAGGUAGCGCAGGCAGUUCAGAAGAGCGGCGCAACAUGUAUAAUGCACGUUGCCUCACCCCCUCACGGCAUUGACGAUCCGGCUCUGUACUGGAAAGUCAACGUCGAUGGUACCCAAGCGGUCAUCAACGCUGCCAUCGCGAACGGCGUCCGCAAACUCGUGUUCACCAGCUCGGCAGGCGUCGUGUUUAACGGCGAAGACCUGGUGAACAUUGAUGAACGGCUAACCCCUCCGGAGAAGUCCAUGGACGCCUACAACGAAUCCAAGGCGAAGGGGGAACAACUGGUACUCGCAGCAAACGGCAAGGGCGGUCUCUUGACAGUGGCCCUGCGACCGUCUGGGAUAUUCGGGCCCGGAGACCGCCAGGUCAUGCACGGUCUGUCUCAAGUGUUCGCCCGCAAUCAGACCCACUUCCAGAUCGGAGAUAACACCAACCUGUUCGACUGGACCUACGUCACCAACGUCGCCCACGCGCACCUGCUCGCCGCCGACAAGCUCGUCCCACCUAAACAGCUCACCGAAGAAGAGACCCAGUCCAUCAUCAACUACUACCUGCCCACCGUCUCCCUUACCACCGGCUCGCACCGACAGCCCACAUCAGUCGCCCGCCCGCUCGGCCCGUACGUCGAGCCGCCCCCUGACGCGGAGGAGAUCAAAGCCCGUUUCGAAUCCCCCGACCCGAAAGCCCCGUACACCGCCAUUUCGCACCCGCGCCCCGUCGUCCGCUCGCGGUUCGAUCCCCUAUCUGACCAGGCUAUCGCGCGCGCGCGCGAGCACGCAUCCCUCACCCGCAAGGAAAAGGAAGCAGACGCGGACAGCUCGGUGGUGACGGACCCCCUGCAGGUCGCGGGGCAGGUGUUUUUCAUCACCAACGGCGAGCCGACGUACUUCUGGGACUUCCCGCGCGCGGUUUGGCGCAGCCUGCGCGCGUCGUCGCCCGACGCGCCGCCGGAGCGCGGGCGGAUUACGUUCCCGCGCGAGGUAGGGAUGGCGCUGGCGUACGCGGCGGAGUGGUGGGGCUGGCUCGUGGGCAAGGAGCCCGCGUUCACGCGGUUCAGGGUUACCUUCAGCUGUGUGCAUCGGUGGCAUAAUAUCGAGAAGGCGAGGCGUGUGCUGGGGUACGAGCCGGAGGUUGGCCUGGAAGAGGGCGUGAAGAGGAUGGUGGAGUGGUGGAAAUCCGAGCAUGGCACGUCAUGAUGGCCUGUCGCUCAGGUAUACCGGGACAGGAGCGGCUGCUCAUUCGUCCCUCGUCGUUAGCCUUAGACCUGAAGGGGUACGGGGUUAUAUAUGAUAUAAUAUGUUGAUCUAGGAUUAAUAGUAGAUACUGCUUUCGGACUGCUGUCGGUACCUUGUGUUAUUAUCUCAGUGCGGUGUCUACCCAACACGCCAGGCGUUCUCGCGUGAAACGUCUGUGAACUGGUC